CGCGAUCGCAGUACCUUCGAGGUGGUCGCCGCUACUCCGAGCGCUGAGAGAGUUGAACUCAAUCUAAUUCGGUUACCUACCUUACACGAGCCAAUAAUCUCUCCGCCCUCCUCUCCCCUCCUCCGUCCACCCGUCGUACGCUUGAAUAACAGUGAUUGCUAGUCGCGUGCGUAUUUUCGUUGCGACACAGCGGUGAUUGUCACGCAUGUUUACGCAUUCACGAAUAAAAGUAAACAAAGCAGGAUCACGCGUCCGUUGCGGCUCCGAGCCGAUAAAUUCAUCCCCUAACAAUAAGUGGCAACAUCGGCGAUCUUCUUUUGUCACUCAAACGUUAAAAUACCCCUUUUAUUGUUAGCCUGCAGCGUUCAGCUUGAGAGUUUCUUGCGAAUGACGAGCCGGCGUCUGACUCACGGAAGGGGAAGCCACGAGUUACGACAGCUGUCAUGGAAAACGUUAACCGGGAUGCAGGUGCGUUUGACUGAUUAGCGUUAUCAAAGCUCCUCGCCUCCUUGGAAAAGAACAAGGCGGAACUGCCAAGCUGCACCGACGAAGAAUUUGGCUUUCUGAGCGAACUGCUCAGGUCAAAAGAGCUCAAUGCGCUGGUCAAUGUUCACAACAAGAUAACCAGCAACUCAAAGGAUGACAAAUUUUUUCCUGUACUCUCUAAUGCCAUGGAUGUCGACAUCGAUGUUUUGGAUCUACUAUCGACAAGGACACAUGUAUCCGAAGAUUGCAAGGAACUCUUUCAUCUAUUGCAGAAGCCUCAUAUCCAGGGCUUGCUGUGCGCUCACGACUCCGUUGCUCAAAAGGACUACUACCCAAGGCCGCCAGAAAUACACGCGGAAGUCGACGAAGAUGAAGAGUACGUCAAACUUGUACAGCUUGUUAAAUCCGACGAGCCUUUGUGUGGUGCUGAAGUUGAACCAUUUGUGGGGGCGACGAUAAGAAACUGCGAAGAAACCGGCAAGAUCAUCUUUGUUCGGAUAAUGCUGGGAGGCGCAGCGGAUAGAUCUGGCGUUAUUCACGCCGGCGACGAGAUUUGCGAGGUGAAUGGUAUCAGCGUUGAAGGAAAGACACCGAGUUAUGUGCUGGAAAUUCUGAAAAAUACGAAAGGCACCAUCUCGUUUGUGAUUAUUCCAGCGGAUAGCAAGUCUGGCGUCAGGGAAAGCAAGGUUCGUGUUCGGGCACAUUUCUCAUACACCGCGGCUGAUGAUCCUUUCAUACCUUGCAAGGAAGCAGGCUUGGAUUUUGUCAAGGGAGAUGUACUUCAUAUUGUUAGUCAGGACGAUUCUCAUUGGUGGCAAGCACGACGUGAAGGCGAUCGCAAUAUGCGAGCUGGUCUCAUACCGAGCCGAGCCCUCCAGGAGCGAAUCAUCGUCUUACAGCGUCACAUGAAGGAGCAGAAUGACGAAACUGACAACAUAAGUCUGUGUUCUGUUCCAGUGCCUUUGCCUGCCCUGUGCCCUCGUCCCCAGACCUCCUCGCACGUCGUGCCCACAAAGUGCAACUUGCAAGCUCUUAAGACUAAAAAGAUCAUGUAUGACGUGGCAGAAAACGAUGACUUUGACCGCGAGGAGAUGCCAACUUACGAGGAAGUCGCCAAGCUCUAUCCGAGGCCCGGGUCCUACAGGCCCAUCGUUCUUGUUGGGCCUCCUGGAGUCGGCAGGAACGAACUGAAGCGCAGACUCAUUGCUACUGAUCCAGAAAAAUACAGGACGCCAAUCCCCUACACUUCAAGACCACCCAGACUUGGCGAGGUGAACGGCAAAGAGUAUUUCUUCGUGACACGUGAAAGGAUCACCGAAGACAUAGCCUCUGGGAAGUUCGUAGAGUAUGGAGAAUAUAAAGGAAAUCUUUACGGCACAAGCAGGGAGAGUGUAGAAUCCCUGGUGAAUGCCGGAUACGUUUGUGUGCUCAGCCCGCAUUACCAGGCCGUCAAGAUGCUGCGAAAUCCGCAGCUCAAGCCGUUCGUUAUCUUCAUCAAACCACCUAAAUUCGAGAUCCUUAAAGAAACUAGGAACGAAGCAAGGGCAAGAUCCACAUUUGACGAGAAAAACUCACGGGGUUUCACGGACGACGAGUUCCACGAAAUGAUUCACCGCAGUGAGCGAAUAGAAUACCACUAUUCUCAUCAUUUCGAUGAAACUAUCAUCAAUGCAGACCUGUCGAUGGCUUUUGAGCAGCUCGUAAACGCAAUUAUAAGAGUAGAAACUGAACCCAUGUGGGUUCCGGCCUCUUGGGUCCAGUGAGAAAUUUUGGAACGAAGAAGCCCAAGUAGCAGAAGCAAUCCGAAGAGUUUGAUACUGAGACGCGAAAUCGAGCCGUUGCCGCAGCCUGAUUGAGGUAUCGUUUGAAAACAGCAAAAUUUGGUGGCAGUGGUGGUGGUGGUAGAGAAUUUAGAAUGUCACAUCUUGAGAAUAGUUCAAAAGUUCGAUCGUCAGUUUGGAAAAUGAUUCUUCUCUGUACAGAAAUUGAAUUCGCUUGGAAGAUGAGAAAAGUGAUAUUUUCUGCGAAAUUUCUAGGCUGCUGGCGUGCGCGAUUAAUUGAUCGGAUUUAUCAUCGUAUCCCGGAUUUUUCUUACUAUUUCGAGACAUUUGCAAAAAGGAAAGAAAACGUAGUACACGUUUAACUAGACAAAUACAUAUAUAUCGUAUGGGAACAUUCCGUAACUUGAGGUUCGACAGAAUCAGUGAAAGGGCGUUAAAAUUAGAAACGUGCGAGAUUAAUUCUUUCAAUUUACGAGAUCGCCAUUUGUUCGCGAGUUAACUAAUUUUAAACGGAUGCUGCGCUUAAAACAUCGUUUUAUAAAUCAACGGUAUGCUUAAAGUAAUCCUAAGGUAACGUGUUGAUAUUACCAGCUGUGUUGAAUCGUCUUGCAGUAAAAAGUUAACUAGUUGAGUAAUUAACAAACUCAUGCUAAACUCUUGUCGUUAGAAUCCUCAAUUAUACCAAUUGAAUCAUAACCCCAUGAAAGAGUGUCACGAAGUUUUUGGGUACUUGAUAAUUUACCUAUUUUCCCAUCCAACUUUGCGUGUUAGAGCAGUUUGAACGGUAGCACGACGUUCCCGCAUUAUACGUAUAGGUAUUCAAAUACGGAUUAGUUGAGUCCGAUGAUCGCUUGUAACACAUUAUAAGAGAGUAAGGGGAGAAAUAUGAAAAACAUUUACGUCGCGGUGUGUUUAACCAAAUGCGAGAUAAAUUCAUAUUGUAUUACUAUUACCAUCAGUACUAUUAUUAUAAUAUAAAUAAUAAUUAACUAACUCCAUUGUUGUUGACUGUUGCCAAAUGGAUAGACAAAGAAUUAAAACAAUAAUAAUGUUAAUAAUAAUAAUAAUAUCCUACAUUGUAUUUUCCACUUGAAGUAUAAAUAAUUAGCUAAUCGAUGUUCAUACAUGCAUAAUGUGUCGCAGUAUCGCUAUUUUCCAUACCAAACAAUUCAAGAGGAACAAAAACCGAUAUUGCACCUUAAUUAACUUCAAGUUUCGUCGGUAUGACGGAAUUCGUUGACUGUGAAACUCAUCAAUAUAUGCACGUUAUCAAUUGAAAUAUACAAUUACAAUUUCAAAUA